AUGAAAUUUCAGGUCGAAGGCGAAAAUCCGUUCCGCGAUAUUCUUUCGGUUUUCGACGAGGCUGAGAAGAAGGGAGAGAACGCGGCAGUCACCACAGAGAACGUGUUCAAGCUAUUCGAGGACAAACCGACAUCUACUGAGGCACCGAAGAUUGAGAAAGAGCCAGUAAAGGACGUGGUUGACAACGCUGCACAGAUUGACGUACCAACUGAGAAUGUCCCCAAGCCAGCUGAGGAACAGAAGCCUGAGCCAGAGAAUAUUUUCAAGGCAGUAGAGGAGCAGAAGCCUGAGGAAGCACAGAUCCCGGAUGAAGACUCUGAGGGACCUGUUGCACCAGUUGUCAUUGAGGACAGAUUCCCACGUCUUGGUGCCAGAACUACCGUACCUGUAGAGACCACCACUCCUGUAGCUGAUGUCGAGAACGAUGAGGACAUGGAGCAUGAUCCACUCGCCGCGUUUCUGAGGUGA